CCACUCACUCUCCUGCUGUACCCCUCCCUGUGCCAUGGGUAUGAUGCUCCAGCACUGGGCUUCACAGUGUCAAUACACGCAGGCACAGCCCUGUGUGGCAGCGAUGUCCCAGUGCCCAAGGUGCCAAGGCCAGCAGGGUGGGCUAGUGGUCUCCGUACCCCGCUGAUGGGUGCUGCACCCAUGGCACCAGCUCUGCUCCUGCAGGUGCCCGAGCUGGCCGGGUUCCUCCUGCUCUCCUUCCUGAUCCAGCUCCCGCUCCUGCUCUUCCUGCUGACGGACAGCCAGGUGCUGCUCCUGCCGCUGGAGCUGGCAGUGCACAGCCUGCUCCUGGCCUUCCUCCUGGCCGAGAUCACCGCCGCCUUCCUGGCGCUGCGCACCAUGAGCAAGCAGCUGGCGGCGCAGUUCCACCUGCGGCCCUGGGAGGAGGGCGGCCGGGGCCAGGCAGCCAGGGCAGGACCCUGCUGCAAGCCCCCCCCAGCCCACACUGUCAGCCCCAGCAGGGAGCAUUAAACAGUGCUCAGGGCCCCAGUGCUCCACAGUGUGUUUGUGA